AAACAGCGCACCAGGCGGACACUUCAAGAAAGACUGCAACGAGAAACGAACAGCAGACAUAACGUCUUGUGGACUGGGCUACUGAUUAUUUCCUUGCUCUUCUAAUGAAAUUGGGUUGCUGAGAACUUGGACAACAAACAUCAUGGGAGUCAAAGGAUUAAAAUCUUACAUAGAGGGAAAAAAUCUCUAUUUGAAAGACUGCCAUUUUAAAGGGAGCAAGUUAAUUAUUGAUGGAUGUAAUCUGUGCAACGUUCUUUAUGAAGCUUCAAAAAAUGAUUUGAAGCAUGGUGGGGAUUAUAUUGUUUAUGAGAUUUUGAUCAGGAAGUUUUUUGCGGCUCUGAAAAACUGCAACAUAGAGCCCUAUGUUAUCCUUGAUGGAGGAAGUGACCAUACUGACAAAAAACUGGAGACCCACAAGGAUCGUGCCCGCCAAAGAAUCAAAGAAGGCAAAUAUCUGUCAUUAGGGCGUCAAUAUUAUGGUAGCGGUCCUAAACCAACACUCUUGGCAAUUGUUUUCAGCCAGAUCCUCACUCUUUUGAAGGUACCAUUUGUCCAGUGCAUGGAAGAGGCUGACUGGGAAAUUGCUGCUUUGGCCAAUCAGUGGAAUUGUCCAGUCCUAUCAGACGAUAGUGACUUCUUUAUCUUUGAGCUAAAAGCAGGCGUUUUACCCAUUUCACAUUUCGAGUGGCGCAAAGUUUCCGCACAGAAGUUCAUUCCAGCCAAGAGAUUUUUAGUCUCAAACUUCUGUAAGUCUCUCCACAACCUGAGCGAACAGUUUCUCCCUCUCUUUGCUGCCUUAGCAGGGAACGACUAUAUAAAUGUCACAAGACACACUAUAAGAUGGGAGGAGUUCUCCAGCUGCAAUGCCCGUCUUGAUGGCAUCCUCCACUGGUUGUCUGACUUCCCAAAUACCAAGGGAGCUAUUGGUGCUUUUCUUGACUGCCUCGAAGAUCAGAAGUCCAGAGGUCAAGUACGGAAGGCUCUCAUGGCGUGUCUUAAAGAAUAUGAACUGACGAAAAGCAACGUGGCCCAGUUCUUCUUGAAGGCUGUCGUCCCCAGCAAAUUGCCAGUGGAGCUGCAGGUUCUCCCCAACUGGAUGCGGAUGCCACUGUCUAAAGGGAGACUAAGUUCCACUCUCAUCGAUGCCCUAGUGUUGCAGAGAGUCCGACUGAGCGCACAAGUUGAGAACUUUGAACUCCCCAGCAGCAAUGCAGUCUCGAGGCCUAUUCGUCAGGUGCUGUAUGGCCUUCUGUUGUCCGACCAGAAGCAGAGGGAUGACAGAAAGCCCAUUGCCCGUGUGAACCCAGGAGAGUGCUAUGUGGAAGAAUAUGACAGAGAGGGCUUGACUCUGACCACUUUCUGGGUUAAGGCUGCUUGCCCGGUUAGUGGGAAGGAUCUACAUCUGAAAACACUGAAUAAGGCCCCAUGGAAGCUACGAUUGCAGGUCCUUUACGACACGCUUGGUGUGUCCAAACUCAUUUCAACACCCAACGCCAAAUUUCAGCUUCCUGUCUACGUCACAUGCUACUGGCUUAGUAAAGCCGACCCACGGCCAUGUUUGGAGGACCUAUGGGCCCUGCUCCUGGGAUUUGUGUUCGGAGAGCUGAAUGGCCGAUACAAGGGCGAGACAGGUAUUGCGCUGGUGUGGAAUAGACUAAACAACCUGCGGAGUCACACCACACCUGGAGGCCCAGACCUGAUGGCAGCUCACACCUACAGCCAAUGGCAGGCCUGCAUGAGGGAUACUUACAAACUCAACCAACUGCUGUGCCUCCCUCUGGCUGAACUCUGGCCUCAUCCUGAACUUGCAAGGCUCUACUGCGGACCCUUGGUUCACCAGGCUGCAGCGAGGCUGAGGGGAGGCGCCACCCCAGAGUCGUUCCUCAGUGGGGGGCCAAUCCCCCUGCAGCUCUUCAGAGACCUCGAACGUGCCGUGCUGGACUCCCUGGAUGACGACAUCCGGGACCAGCUACAGAGAGGGCCGCAACAACAUCACCCAAGGAGAAGAGCCCAAACUAUAGGGAACUUGGAUGAAUUGACCAGACAAUUCGAUCAGAUGUUUGACGAGGACGAGGAUGAAGAUGAUGAAGAUAAUGGUGGAAGGAGAGGCAAGGCGAAGUCUGAGGAUGACGAAGCUUAUGUCCAGAUCCGCACCCGACACAAGAAGAAGAGCAGGGCUCUGCGAGCUUGCAGUCCUGGCAAACUGAAUAAGCGAGACAGAGUGAUCUGGGCCUGAGAGCCAGCAUGACCACACACUUCAACUUUCAGAACGCCAUUUUUUAAAAACACUUUUAGAGAAUUAUAAUAUUUACCUUAUGAAUGUGUUGCACUCAAGAUGAAAACAAAAUGGAAUGAAAUUUUCUUAUUUAUCUUUUAAUAUAUUUUAAUGUUUUUAGACUUGUGAUCUUUGCUGUAUAACUAUAUUGACAUGAUGAUGCAUACGUGACUGAAAUUGUUAUGGUGUUUUUAAUUUUUGUACUUUCUUUUAAAGUCUCUGGGAAUUAUAUUUACUUUAUGUGUUGCACUCUGUGAAGACAUAUUUGAAUAUUAAUUUAAUGUAUUUUAAAUGUAGUUGUGUGGCUGAAAGAUUCUAUUUUAAUCAAAAUGUAAUUAGCAAAUUGUGACUGACCCAAUUAAUUGUACAACAAUUGUGUGUGUGUGUGUGUGUGUGUGCUUUACUAGCGGUUUCUGUUCCAGGAAGCCAUAUCAUUUGAUUUUAAAAUGAUCAAAUUUUACAAUUAAGUUGUUUGUUUUCUGUCUUGGUAUUGAAUAAUUCAUCUCAACCAGCUCAUGUUGGUUUAUAUAAAAAAAAUUACAAGUUUAUUCUCAAUUAGCCACACCGAGAAAAUAAAUGGUUUCACAUGUGCAAUGCAUAAUGAAAAACAAAUAAACAGAAGAUAAAAAAACAA